GUUCUUCCUCAAUUACACUUCGUCGCAAUGGAGCAAUCCAUUCCUUUGCUUGAAGAAUUCGGAAGUUCCGAACAAACGUCGACCAAUGCCACCAUCAAUAUCGAGAAAAAGACCGAUCCUGAGAUUUCAAGGUGGAGAAAGGUGUGUUUCACUCUGAAGAACGUCCUUCCUCGAUACUUGCAGCUCCAUGGCUUGCAAUACGACCACGAAAAUCUCCAUUCAACGGCAUGGUUGGAUUCUCUGCGGGGAUAUGCCGCAUGCGCAGUCUUCUUCAGCCAUAUGUAUGGCUUUCCAACGGAGGGAUUUGCCUCCCUGCCCAUUAUCAGAUUAUAUUCCGCGGGAACUGGUAUGGUCGACCUCUUCUUUGUCAUCUCCGGCUACGUGUUGAGCUUCAAGAUGAUACAACACAUGCGGAACCAUCAGGCAACGCGAUUGAUCGAUUGCCUCGCCUCCUCAACCUUCCGCAGAUACCUACGUCUAUACAUCCCCACAGCUUUAGCCACAUUUUUCACCGCCAUCAUGACCUAUGCAGGCUGGUGCCAGCCGGGGCUGAGAAAAGACACCAUCAUCCAACAGUUCCUGCACUGGGUCAGUGAUACCGCAUAUGCCAGCAAUCCCUUUGCCAACGUGGCUGGCUGGUGGUAUCCAGGAGUCUAUCGAACAGCUUAUCUUGACCAGAUGUGGACGAUCCCAGUCGAGUUUAGAGGCAGUAUCAUCCUAUUCGGCUUUCUAACGGCGUGCGCUAAACUAGCGACGAGAUCGAGGAUAGCUCUUUGUUGUUUCACCCUCUUCAUCGCCUUCUAUUAUCAGGCGUUGUAUGUUGCCUGCUUCCUCGGAGGCAUGCUCGUGGUGGACUUGUCUAUGAGCUGGACACCUUAUGGAAAAGCACAACAGCUGAGUCUCCCACAGAGCGAGAAUGGUAUGGAAGCAGCGAAACAGAGCCGGACAAAGUCAAUCGCCUGGCAGGUCGGCUUUAUCCUCAUCUUCAUUAUUGGUCUGAUCUUUCUCAGCCAACCACAAAUUCUGGGCGGGGAACUACCCUUUCCUUACCAAUACCUGAUUCUCCUGGUUCCGUCGAGUUACAAGGACGGAGCGGAACAUUUCUGGCUGAGUAUCGGUGCCAUUCUGACUGUGGGUGCACUGGAAUACUCUCCAGCGUUGCAGAAGCCCUUGAAAUGGAACAUUUCUCUAUACCUAGGCGAGUUGUCGUUUGGAAUCUACGCCAUGCACAACACAUUGGUAUGGGUUUUAUAUCUUGGAUGGUUGGCUCCUUGGAAGGAUUCGACAUUUCCUGAGUCACGAUGGCCCUAUAUCCCAAUUUCCAUCUUCAUGAGCUUUGUGGUGCUUUGGGCGGCGGAUUAUUUCACGCGAAUCGACAAAAGAAUCGUGGCUUUUGGAAGAUGGCUUCAGGUCAGCCUCUUCGAGAAAUGGUAGUAAACAACCAACUUUACGAAUUAAUGGCGUCGAUUUCAAUACACGAUAAUUUUAUGCAUCUUGCUUAUCACCA